AUGAAGAGCAUCAUGGAGAAUGACAGCCAAGGAAUCCGCUUUUGCUUUCCAAACAACAAUUUGUCAUGUAUCAGAGAAUACAGACCUGAAACGGAGUCUGUCAUUUUGUACACGUUCAUUUUUUUAGCGUCAGUCUUCACCGUGUUUCUGAACCUGCUGGUGAUCAUCUCCAUCUCUCACUUCAAGAAGCUUCACACUCCGACCAACCUGCUCAUUCUCUCUCUGGCUGCGGCCGACAUGCUCGUGGGACUCAUUGUGAUUCCACUGAUGGGCAUCAGAUAUAUUGAGACAUGCUGGUACUUUGGAGAGACGUUUUGUUCAUUAUUUUUAUUAAUUAGUUUAAUUGUUGUUUCAGCAUCUCUUGGUAAUUUAGUUUUUAUUUCUGUCGAUCGUUACAUUGCUGUGACUGAUCCAUUGAGAUACACAGUAAGAGUCACGACUAAUAAAGCUGUUUAUUUCAUUAUUAUCAACUGGAUAUGUUCAGUCCUAUAUUCGUUAUCGUUUUAUGAAGCUUUACCACAGGAUGGGUGUCAUGGGGACUGUGCAAUUUAUUUUACGAUGAAACAUGUUGUCAUGGACCUCAUUGUUACUUUAAUCGCCCCUUGUGUUGUAAUCAUGUCUUUAUAUGUGAAAAUCUUUUGUGUUGCAAAACAUCAGGCCAGAGUUGUGAGUACUAACGCAUGCAUCAGUAGGUCACAAAGAAAGGCAGCCAAAACAUUGGGGAUUGUGGUAGUGGUUUACUUUCUGUGUUGGAUCCCGUACUACAUGGUAAUACUUAUUGAAGGAGACGAGUCAACUGUAUCAGUUGAAUUUAAUGUAACAUGUUGGGUUGUUUACAUGAAUUCCUGUAUGAAUCCCCUUAUUUAUGCUCUGUUUUAUAGAUGGUUUAGAUUAUCAGCCAAACACAUACUGACUCUACAAAUACUUCAACCGUCAUCACAAUACUUCAAUCUAUUCCCAGAGGGUCAAUGA